AUGGAAAAAGUUUUAGACGAGAUACACUUGACAAAAGAUUCAGGAAUAAUCAAGAAAAUCUUGAGAUUUGGCUCAGAAACUGAUCCUAUUCCUGAAAAAAACUAGGAAGUAACUGUUAACUAUGAGGGAAGACUGGAUGAUGGAACAAUCUUUGACAGGUCUAGUGAUCGCGGAGAGCCACUUAAAUUUGUAAUUGGAACUGGACAAGUUAUCAAAGGGUGGGAUAUAGGUAUAAUGUCUAUGAAGUUAGGUGAAAAAGCAGAACUAGUAAUCAAACCUGAAUACGCUUAUGGAAGAAUAGGAGCCCCUCCAAAGAUUCAAGGAGAUGCUACUUUGAUAUUUUCAGUUGAAGUCAUUUAAAUAAAUGACAGAAAACCUACAAGAUGGAUGAUGAGUGAUUCAGAGCUAAUUAAAGUAGCUCUAAGGUAGAAAGAUGAUGGAAACUUAAAAUUUAAAGCCUAAAAAUAUAAAGAAGCUGAGGGUCUAUACAGAGAUGCACUAGCGCAUUUAGAGACAGUCAAAAAUGAUAACAAAGAGCUCAGAGAUCUUAAGAAGACAAUACUAUUGAAUAUUUCAGUAGUAACAAACAAUACUGGCGAUUAUAAGUAAACUCUUAUAAAUUGCACCAAAGCCUUAGAUAUAGAUGAGAAAGCAGGUAAAGCAUAUUAUUUGAGGAGUUAAGCUAAUGUCAAAAUGCAUCAAUAUGAUGAGGCAAUAGAAGAUAUCAAAUAAGCUAUUAAAAUUUCACCAUCUGACAAGAAAUUAAGAGAUGAAUUUGAGAAUAUUAAAGCUUUGAGAAAGAAGUAUUAAGAAUCUCAAUAAAAGACAAUGAAAAAUUUCUUUGCUUAAGGACUUUACAAUGAGAAAGAAGCAAGUGUCACUAAAAAAGAGGAUAGGCUUCCAGAUUUUGAUGCCACUAAUCCACAGACAUUUUUCGAUAUUGAAAUUGGAUAAGAGGGUGAUGAGAAUCAUUAGAAAGGUAGAGUUGUGUUUGAAUUAUUUAAAAACAAAACUCCAAAAACUGCUGAAAAUUUUAGAUGCCUCUGUACUGGUGAAAAAAAUGACCUUCACUAUAAAGGAAACGUUUUCCAUAGAAUCAUCAAAAGUUUCAUGAUGCAGGGAGGUGAUAUCACUAAUUAGAAUGGAACUGGAGGAAUGUCAAUUUACGGACCUAAAUUUCCAGAUGAAAAAAUUUGGCUUCCACACACUCAUUCAGGGCUAUUAUCAAUGGCUAAUUCUGGUCCUGAUACGAACGGAUCCCAGUUCUUUAUUACCUAUAAAUCAACACCUUGGUUGAAUGACAAACAUACUGUAUUUGGAAGAGUUAUUAAUGGUCUUGAGAUAUGUAAAAUAGCUGAAUAAAUUCAAACUGGAGCUUAAGAUAAGCCACUUACUCAAAUAAAAAUUGUUGACUGUGGAGAGCUUAAGGGUGAUGAUAAAUUAAACUUAGAAACUGCAGAUAAUCUAAGAACUUUUCAAGAAAAUGAAGCAGAGGAGGAAACUCCAGAAGAUCAAAGAGUUGAAUUAUGA